GUCCACAGGACGCUCCCGGGUUAACGUGUAACCGCUCGCCGGCCCUCCACCCCCAGAGCCAUUGGUGCCCAGGCUGCGGCCACUCUGCGUGGGGGUCUCAGGCUGUCAUGGACGUCCGCAGGGAGAGGCCGCCCCGCAGCCCUGACUCCUCAGCCCAACAGCCGCACCUGGGCAGCCUGAGCCCCUUCUUCCUCACCUGCACCGCCUACUUCCUCCUCUGGAUCCCUGAGGACCCGCCGUCCAGGGUGGGCGCCCUGGUCAAGUGCCUGCCGGUGCUGUGCCUGGUGAGGCUUCUGCGGGCGAACCCAGGCUCCGGCUCCAGCGGAGGCUACAGCCUUCGCCUGCAGGUGGCCCUGCUCUUCUCGGCCCUCCGGGAUGUCUUCCUUAUCUGGCCAGAGAACUUCCUCUAUGGCGUCCUCGCCUUCGGCAUGGCCCAGCUGCUCUACUCCUGGGCCUUUGGGUUCAGCCCCCUGCGGUCCGGCCUCCUGGUGCCCAUCGUCCUGUACUCCCUCCCGUUCUCCGGCCUCCUGCUGCUGCACCUCCCGCCAGACCUGGUGCUGCCCGUGUCGGCCUACGGGCUGGCCCUGUCCACCAUGCUGUGGCGCGGCCUGGCCAGGGGUGGGAGUGCCCGCUGGGGCGCCCUGCUCUUCGCCACCUCCGACUCCCUGCUGUCCUGGCACACCUUCAUCCAGCCGCUGGCCCACGGCCGCCUGCUGAUCAUGACCACCUACUACGCUGCCCAGCUCCUCAUCACCCUGUCGGCCUUCCAGAGCCCCAAGCUCAAGACCCACUGAUUGGGGCCCCAGCGGGCUGGGAUCCACCCACUCCCCUCCUGCAGGGACCAGACGGGGAGCCACCCAUGGGGGCCAGAGCCAGGCUCCCAGACUCCCGUCUGCAGGCCGCUGUCCACCUGUGGGAACCCUUUGCAGAAUUCCGGAUGCACCGCCGAGUUCCGAACACCUUCCCUCGGUUCUGGUUCCGGGUUCCAGGCCGCUCAACCAGGCCCUGGCUGGGCCUCCCCAAGCCCCGCCCGCUCCUGUGACCUCCGGGGGCCUUCAGAGUCCGCUGGCCCCCUCCCUCUGGCCUUGAUCUAUUUCCCUGUUGCCUGAGUAAAGGGAAGGAGGAAA